AUGGCUUCCUCAUCGUCCAACGUCGUCGGUGUCCACUACCGGGUGGGAAAGAAGAUUGGCGAGGGCUCAUUCGGUGUCAUUUUCGAGGGCACCAACCUGCUCAACAAUCAACAGGUUGCCAUCAAAUUCGAACCUCGAAAGAGCGACGCGCCUCAGCUGCGAGACGAGUACCGAACCUACAAGAUUCUCGUCGGUUGCCCUGGCAUCCCCAACGUCUACUACUUCGGCCAGGAAGGCCUGCACAACAUCCUCGUCAUCGACCUUCUCGGCCCCUCGCUCGAGGACCUCUUCGACCACUGCGGCCGACGCUUCACCAUCAAGACGGUCGUCAUGGUCGCCAAGCAGAUGCUGUCGAGGGUGCAGACGAUACACGAGAAGAACCUCAUCUACCGAGACAUCAAGCCCGACAAUUUCCUCAUCGGCCGCCCCGGCACCAAGGCCUCCAACGUCAUCCACGUCGUCGACUUCGGCAUGGCCAAGCAGUACCGCGACCCCAAGACGAAGCAGCACAUUCCCUACCGCGAGCGAAAGUCCCUGUCGGGAACGGCUCGCUACAUGAGCAUCAACACCCACCUCGGCCGCGAGCAGUCCCGGCGCGACGACCUCGAAGCCCUCGGCCACGUCUUCAUGUACUUCCUGCGCGGCGGACUGCCGUGGCAGGGCCUCAAGGCUGCCACUAACAAGCAAAAGUACGAAAAGAUUGGCGAGAAGAAGCAGACGACGGCCAUCAAGGAUCUCUGCGAAGGCUUCCCCGAGGAGUUCUGCAAGUACCUCACCUACGUUCGCAACCUUGGCUUCGAGGACACCCCCGACUACGACUACCUCCGCGAGCUCUUCACCCAGUCGCUCAAGAACGCCGGCGACGUCGAGGACGGCGAGUACGACUGGAUGAAGGUCAGCAAGGAUUCGGGAAAGGGCUGGGACGCCAAGAACCACGGCGGCGGAGCCUACCUGCACAACCCAAACGUCCGUCCCGGUCCCUCUCAGAUGGAACUUCACAGUGGCCAUCGUCCUGGGAAUACCACCUCUCACCAGCAAGCGCAGAACCUCACCGUGAGCCGUUUAAACGCCGCACAACCCCCCCCUCCCUCGCCGAUCAAGCAGAUGGGCAAGCAGAGAGAUCGGCCAAGCGUCCCCGGCGUCAUUUCGACGCAGAGGAUGAGCGGCGUCGCCGGUCUCCGGGACAUGGCCACCCCGACUGGCUCUACCCAAGCCCAGUUCCAGACCAGCACCCAGAACCUCUCCCAGCAGCGGGUCCAGCAGCAGGGCCCCAUGACGGCCGUCGGCCAGCUUAACCAGCGGCCGGCCGAGCCCCAGCCGACGGGGUUCCAGAAGUUCUUGAAGACCAUCUGCUGCGGUUAG